AUGACCAUAAGGACAAGACCACCGCCUCUGGCUGUCGCCAAAAACAACUGCCACCGUGAUGAUGAUGAUGAUGGGCAACCCAAGAUGGAGCCCCACGUUGGGCUUGAGUUCGACACAGCCGAGGACGCUCAGGACUUCUACAGCGCCUACGCGACCCAGGCUGGUUUCAAAAUCAGAAUCGGGCAACUGUACAGAUCACGAGUCGACGGCUCCGUCAUUUCCCGCAGAUUUGUGUGCUCAAAGGAAGGGUUCCAAACAAACUCAAGAACUGGCUGCCCCGCGUUCAUAAGAGUGCAGAAGGUCGACUCUGGAAAAUGGGUUAUAGCCAACAUAAAAAACGAACACAACCACGAAUUUGAGCCCUUGGGCGAAAUUUGCCAGCCCAAGAUACAGAGGAAAACCUUCCCGACUCCGAGGUCGUCGUCCGGAGGGGCCAGCCGUACCGGUAUUAGGUCCCACGAGGACGAUAGCCCAUCCGGCUUCGUCGACAUGAAGCGUCUCAAGAAGGAGGAAACAGAUUCAAUUUUGGGGCCCACAGGCGAACCCCAGAAGGGGCUUGAGUUCAAUUCUGCCAACGAGGCCUACAAAUUCUACCACUCGUAUGGCGCCCACACGGGAUUCCGUGUCCGGAUUGGCCAGCUGUUCCGCUCCAAGCACGAUGGCUCCAUCACAUCCCGCAGGUUCGUGUGUUCCAAGGAGGGCCACCAGCACCCGUCCCGGGUUGGUUGCGGGGCCUACAUGAGGAUACAGAGGCAGGAUUCUGGUCGGUGGGUGGUCGACCGCCUCGAGAGGGUACACAACCACGAGCUUGACACACCUGCCGAUCCCAUCCAGAUCGUGACUCUCGCAUCCAAAAGUGGGUACAAGGAGGAAGGCGGCAGCGUAUUGGAGAAUUUGGACCUGGUAGAGACCAAUGGUGGACUCAGCCUUGUCAAGCGAGUACGGGAAAGCAUCAUCACCGGCGACUGGUACAGUUUGCUGCUCGACUACUUCCAGUCCCGGCAGGCGGAGGACACUGGAUUCUUCUACGGGGUUGAGAUACGGGACGGCAAGGGCAUGAGUGUCUUUUGGGCCGACUCCCGGUCGAGGUUCUCGUGCGCCCAGUUUGGAGAUGCUGUCGUUUUUGACACCAUGUACAGAAGGGGAAAUUACUCGGUGCCCUUUGCGAGUUUCGUCGGGGUAAACCAUCACAGGCAGCCCGUGCUGCUCGGCUGCGCCUUAGUAGCCGCUGAAACCGAGGAAUCGUUCACGUGGAUCUUCCAGGCCUGGUUGCGUGCCAUGUCCGGGCACCAGCCCACGUCUAUCAUAGCUGACCAGGACCAUGCUCUCCAAAAUUCAAUCGUCCGGGUCUUCCCUGGGGCCCACCACCGUUUUUCUGCAUGGCAGAUCCAUGACAGGGAGCGUGAGAACCUGGGUGCCCUCAUGAACAUGGAUCCCGAGUUCAAGUACGAGUACGAGGCGUGUGUCUUCCAGAGCCAGACGGCCAGCGAGUUCGACUCUGCUUGGACUAUGAUUGGGAGCAAGUACGGCCUGCGGGACAAUUCGUGGUUUAAGGAGAUGUACCGGAUGCGCAAGUGCUGGGUCCCGCUGCACAUCAAGGGCACAUUCUUUGCGGGCAUACCGGUUGAUGGGAGCCUCAAAUCGUACUUCAGCACAAUUCUGACGCCCCAAACGCCGCUCAAUGAGUUUGUGGCCCGUUACGAGAAGGCCCUCGAGCAGAGGCGCGAGGAGGAGAGAAAAGAGGAUUUCAACUCGUUCAAUCUUCAGGCAGUCUUGCACACGAAAGACCCGAUUGAGGAACAGUGCAGGCGGCUCUACACAAUCAACAUGUUCAAGGUCUUCCAGAAAGAGCUGCUCGAGUGCUACAGCUAUGUUGGAAUCAAAAUAAACAUGGAGGGGGCAAUCAACCGGUAUCUUGUCCAAAAGUGUGGGAAUGCGGACGAGAGGAACACCGUCGCUUUUAAUGCGUCCAAUUUGAAUGUGAGCUGUAGUUGUAAGAUGUUCGAGUUUGAGGGAGUGCUCUGCAGGCACGCGCUCAAGGUGUUCCAGAUCAUGAACGUGAGGGAGCUCCCAUCACGGUAUGUGCUGCACAGGUGGACGAAGAAUGCGAGGAGCGGGCUGCUGAGGGAUGCCGAGUCGGGGAGUGGGGCCCAGGACUUGAAGGCGCUUAUGGCAUGGAGCCUGAGGGAGGAAGCACGGAGCUUUGUGGAGGCGGGGUCAGGGUCAUUUGAGAGGUAUAAGCUUGCAUUCGAGAUCCUGCAAGAAGGGAGGAGGAGCGUGUGCUGGCAGAAUUGA